AUGGGCUCUCCUUUGUCCCCAAUAUUAGCCGAUAUAGUACUCGAAUCAAUCAUCCAUAAUGCAUCAAGCCACCUUCCCUUUGAAGUCCCUAUUCUACGCAAAUAUGUAGACGAUCUGUUUCUCAUCAUCCCAAAAGAUUCCAUCGACACCGUACUAGACACCUUUAACAGCCAGGAGGACCGAAUUCAAUUCACCAUUGAAAUAGAACAAGACCGCAAACUACCAUUUCUGGACUUGCUGAUAAAUCGACAGGAGGAUCAAUCACUUUUCACCGAAUGGUAUAGCAAACCUAUCUCAUCUGGGAGAAUGCUAAAUUUCCAUUCUUACCAUCAAUACAAACACAAAAUUAAUGUAGCCAACAAUUUUAUUCACCGCGUUACCUCUUUAACAUCUAAUCCAGAGGCGACAAACGUAAACACCAUCAUUCACAAACACCUACAGGCUAAUAGCUACCCACGAACCCUGGUGUCUCGGCUCAUCAACCUGUACCAUUCUAGGCAACAAGAAGUUGUCCAUCCUUCAGCUAUCACACUGCCACCACCAGCACCUCCACCCACAACAGCUCCACAGCCAACAGCCCCACCGCCGUCCUCUCAGCAACCACAUCAAGCCAGCAAUGCACCAUCCACGGCAAACAACCUUCAGGAUAUGGUCACCUUAGGCACAUCCAGAAAACACCCAGCAUAA